CCUUACAAGUGUUCACACUGUGACGAGAGAUUCAGUCAGUCAGGAGACCUGAAAUCACACGAGAGGAUCCACACUGGAGAGAAACCUUACAAGUGUUCACACUGUGGCAAGAGAUUCAGUCGGUCAGGAGACCUGAAAUCACACGAGAGGAUUCACACUGUAGAGAAACCUUACAAGUGUUCACACUGUGACAAGAGAUUCAGUCAGUCAGGAGACCUGAAAUCACACGAGAGGAUCCACACUGGAGAGAAACCUUACAAGUGUUCACACUGUGGCAAGAGAUUCAGUCAGUCAGGAGACCUGAAAUCACACGAGAGGAUUCACACUGGAGAGAAACCUUACAAGUGUUCACACUGUGACAAGAGAUUCAGUCAGUCAGGAGACCUGAAAUCACACGAGAGGAUCCACACUGGAGAGAAACCUUACAAGUGUUCACACUGUGGCAAGAGAUUCAGUCGUCGGUCAGGAGACCUGAAAUCACACGAGAGGAUCCACACUGGAGAGAAACCUUACAAGUGUUCACACUGUGGCAAGAGAAUCAGUCAGUCAGGAGACCUGAAAUCACACGAGAGGAUCCACACUGGAGAGAAACCUUAC